GGGAUAAUAGAAAUUAUCUCGCCGGUGUCUUAACAUACCCCCCGAAAAAUCAUAUUCACACGUAAUACUUAAUAUCGCUGUUACGUGGUAGUUUAUUUCCGUCUCGCGUGGGUGAAACGUACAACGGGGAGGACCGAGAGAAAAACUAAGACCGGUCUCAACUAUUUUCGAACGGUUGAUUCAACCACGCCGUCCGAAUCUCAAGGGGCAUUCCUUUUAUUCUCGUUCCGACUCCCCCAUAAGAAAGCAAGAGGUGAACGAGUUAUUCGAGGUGAUUAAUUAAAAUUAUUGUAAUACGAGGAUGAACGACAUGGAGGCUUAUGGUGACGGCUACAUGGAGCCCGAGGAGGAGUGGGAACGUGAGGGUCUACUCGAUCCAGCAUGGGAGAAACAACAGAAAAAAACAUUCACAGCAUGGUGCAACUCGCACCUGCGGAAAGCAGGAACUGCCAUAGAAUCAAUCGAGGACGACUUCAGGAAUGGUCUGAAGCUUAUGCUUCUGCUGGAGGUGAUAUCCGGUGAAACCCUGCCAAGGCCAGAUCGUGGCAAGAUGCGUUUUCACAAAAUUGCGAAUGUAAAUAAAGCACUGGAUUAUAUCGCCAGCAAGGGAGUCAAAUUGGUCUCCAUUGGAGCAGAAGAAAUCGUCGAUGGUAAUUUAAAAAUGACCCUGGGAAUGAUCUGGACGAUCAUCCUCCGUUUCGCCAUCCAGGACAUUUCCGUCGAGGAAAUGACUGCCAAAGAGGGUCUGCUGCUGUGGUGUCAGCGUAAAACGGCACCCUACAAGAACGUCAACGUCCAAAACUUCCACUUGUCCUUCAAGGAUGGUUUGGCAUUCUGCGCUCUCAUUCAUCGUCACCGUCCUGAUCUCAUCGAUUACAAUAAACUCAGCAAGGAUAAUCCACUGGAGAAUCUCAAUACCGCUUUUGAUGUCGCCGAGAAGUAUCUUGACAUCCCACGGAUGUUGGACCCCGACGAUUUGAUCAACACGCCCAAACCGGACGAAAGAGCCAUCAUGACUUACGUCUCGUGCUACUACCAUGCUUUCCAGGGUGCCCAGCAGGCUGAGACAGCAGCCAACAGAAUCUGCAAGGUUCUCAAGGUGAACCAGGAGAACGAGCGUCUCAUGGAAGAGUACGAGCGUCUGGCUUCCGACCUCCUCGAGUGGAUCCGACGAACAAUGCCCUGGUUGGCAAGCAGACAAACUGACAAUUCCCUCGCCGGAUGUCAGAAAAAGCUCGAGGAAUACCGUACUUAUCGUCGCAAGCACAAACCCCCACGUGUUGAGCAAAAAGCCAAGUUGGAGACCAACUUCAACACUCUCCAGACGAAACUGCGACUGAGCAACAGGCCCGCUUACAUGCCCACCGAGGGCAAGAUGGUGUCUGACAUCAACAAAGCGUGGAAAGGCCUUGAACUCGCGGAGAAGGCGUUUGAGGAGUGGCUGCUGUCUGAGAUGAUGAGACUCGAGCGUCUCGAGCACUUGGCCCAGAAGUUCAAGCACAAGGCCGACGCCCACGAGGACUGGACAGCUGGAAAGGAGGAGAUGCUCACUUCUCAGCACUUCAGGCAGUGCAAGCUCAAUGAGCUGAAGGCACUGAAGAAGAAACACGAGGCCUUCGAGUCGGAUCUUGCUGCUCAUCAGGAUAGAGUUGAACAGAUUGCUGCUAUUGCUCAAGAACUCAACACUCUUGAAUACCACGAUAGUGCAUCCGUAAAUUCUCGCUGCCAGCGUAUCUGCGAUCAGUGGGAUCGUUUGGGUACACUGACGCAACGCCGACGUCAAGCACUAGACGAGGCCGAGCGUAUUCUCGAGAAAAUUGACGUCCUCCAUCUGGAAUUCGCGAAACGCGCUGCACCAUUCAACAACUGGCUGGACGGUACGAGGGAGGACCUAGUUGACAUGUUCAUCGUCCACACAAUGGAGGAGAUUCAGGGUCUGAUGGACGCGCACGCAGCCUUCAAGGCAACCCUCGGAGAAGCCGACAAAGAGUACAACUCGAUCGUAGGUCUCGUCCGAGAGGUAGAGUCCAUCGUCAAACAGUUCCAGAUCCCCGGAGGUCUUGAGAAUCCCUACACCACUCUGACAGCCCUCGACCUGACCAAGAAAUGGAGCGACGUCCGACAGUUGGUGCCUCAGCGAGACGGAACACUGCAGGCAGAGCUCAGAAAACAGCAGAACAACGAGCUCCUGCGAAGGCAAUUCGCCGAGAAAGCUAAUGCCGUUGGUCCCUGGAUCGAGCGCCAAUUGGACGCUGUCACAGCCAUCGGUCUGGGUCUCCAGGGAACCCUCGAGGACCAACUACACCGUCUCAAAGAAUACGAACAGGCUGUCUACCAGUACAAGGUCCACUUGGAAGAACUCGAGAAGAUUCACCAGGCCGUCCAAGAAGGAAUGAUCUUCGAGAAUCGCUACACCCAGUACACCAUGGAGACCCUUCGUGUCGGUUGGGAGCAGCUGCUCACUUCGAUAAACCGAAACAUCAACGAAGUUGAGAACCAGAUUCUCACUCGUGACUCCAAAGGAAUCACCCAGGAGCAGCUCAACGAGUUCCGCAGCAGCUUCAAUCACUUCGACAAGAACAGAACAGGCAGACUUGCUCCGGACGAGUUCAAGUCGUGUCUAGUGUCCCUCGGCUACUCUAUUGGCAAAGACAGACAAGGGGACAUCGACUUCCAGCGAAUUCUCGCUAUCGUCGAUCCCAACAGCUCUGGCUACGUCCAAUUCGACGCCUUCCUCGACUUCAUGACUCGUGAAUCCACUGACACAGACACGGCUGAACAAGUUAUCGACAGUUUCCGCAUUCUUGCUGGUGAUAAACCGUACAUUCUAGCUGAUGAAUUGAGACGAGAACUGCCACCCGAUCAGGCUGAAUACUGCAUUCAGAGAAUGCCACCUUACAAGGGACCCAAUUCACAACCUGGUGCUCUCGAUUAUCGUUCUUUCUCAACUGCUCUUUAUGGCGAAUCUGAUCUCUAAGGGUUUUAACGGGGGAAUGGGCUUCUCUUAGAUGUGACUGGGGACGUGACGACUAAAGACGUUGGGUGAAUCAUUCGGUGGACGAACUGUUUUCCUUUGAAAUUGACACAACAUUCUUCGAACACUGGACGAUUCACCUUGACUGACGAUACGACAGAUUUUAAUGAAUGGCUUCCAGAUUGAAAUAUUCAACAAAAACAUUAACGAAACAUAUACGUACGAGUCUUAGUCAAUAUAGCGAGUGCUAUUGGUACUGGAGUACUGAAUUUGCCAUAUCUAUCAGCCAAAUAUAUAUAUUUUUUCAAAAAUUGGCAGUUAACUGAUCAAUCCUCGGGUUUUCCUGAGAUUUCAAAUUAUUUCCAAGGUAUUUCGUACUUUAAUAUUCAUCAUGAAUCGAGUCUUUGUGACUGUAACCGAAUAAUUGUGGAAUCAAAAUUGAAUCGAGUGGAUUAUUGGGUGAAAUAUCACGAGAAAACCCCAUGCUCGAGUGAAAUAAUGCCUAUUUUUUUACGACCUAAUUAAACAAAAAAUGAACGUACGGCUGUUAGAAACCUAAAACAAACGAUUAGAUAAGCCGUGCAACACAAAUGUAUUUUGUAAAACUUAUAUAUCGAAAGCAAUCUGACGAUGACGCGUCGCAAUGCGUCAGUGAGUGAAAUUUACAAAAUGAUAAAAGAAGAGAUAAGCAAAACGAGAGAGGGAAGAAUCAAUUUUAUUUAUUUAUUUGAUUUAUUUAUUUAUCGUGGGGACAUGAUAACGACAGCCCUCGAUUAUCAGUCGUCACGAGGAAGAAACAUUUUUUUUCUCAAGGUAUUUAUUUUUAUAAAUAUUUUUGAUGCGAUCGGCUUUUGAUUUUUACCAGAGCCGAAAACUGUAAUAACGAAAAAGAAAAAAAAAACAAAUCAUUGGAGGGGAAAUAGAUUAUUUCAACAAUUGUACAUCUGUUGCUGCCUGUGAGCGGUGAAAAUAGAGGGAGAUUGCUGAUGCUUUCGGAGGAAUCGAUAAUCACUGGGUCACGUAUCAUUUUUAGUUUGAGACAAUUCUCAAAACGAGUAUAACAGUAUAUUUUUGUUUGGCUUGAGGCUUCAACGCUUUGUACUAUCAUUUCUUCAUUUCGAAUUAAUCAUUAUCCGAUGUCACACGAUCAUUACACCAUUCAGUCCUAUCUCUUUUCCGAUAAAUUUCCAACAGUUUAGUUGAAUUGAACGGUUAACAGGGGGAGAAGAGAAUGAAAAUGUGCUCACGAGUCACCCACACUUCACAUACCGCCACGCACAAUUGCAUUACUGUCAUUUUCCUUAUUUUACAUUAUACUUUUAUUGUAAUUAUAUUUAAAGAAACACGAAAUAUAUGAUUAUAUAUAUUAAUUAAUUUAAAGAGUAUACCGGAAGUCAGAUUUAUGUCGAUAAUGGCGAAUCAAUUAAUUUCAUUAAACUUCAGGAGUGGAGUGUAAAUCAGCGUUGAAUACUGAAUUUAUGAGUUUAAAAUGUACUUUUAAAAAAAAGUAAAAGAUGAGAGAAAUGUCGAAAUAAAGGAGAGAAAAACAGAGGGUUUUGAGAAA